UCGUCAGAGGUCCUGGCUGCAGUUCCCCCACAUGCCUGCAGAUGGAGCCAGAGCUUCCUUUACCAGCACCAACCAGGCACCAGCAGCGGGAGCUGCUCAGUAGGCAGCAGCAAGUGCAGCCAAGACGAGCGGGCUCUGCGCUGCUUCGUGAGGGAACACCGCACUGAUGAGGGGACCGUCGCUGAGAACCGUCUCACAUCACUCCCGGUUAUUACCGUGACACAUCCAUCAACGCGUCGUUCCGCCUUCCGCCGGGGAUUUCACCGCCGCUGAGAAGAGGUCUGUCUUUCGGAGGACGCGCUUGUUUUCUUUUUCCUCCGGGAGGCUGAAUGGAAGCAGCAGCCGAGGGAGCGGUCGGACUGUCGGAGGCCGGGGAAGGGAGCCCUCUAUCCGGGGCCACGGCAUCCGAUGAUGGGGAGACGGUUGUGGGAGUCAGUUACGGGAUGGACGCCGCAGACAUGGAUGCAGCUGCCAGGAAAGCCUUCAUCACAGAGAUGCCCUCAUCUUCAGGCCAGCCUGGCCAAGGAAAGAAGAUCGGCCACAGAGGGGUGGAUGCAUCAGGAGAAACUACGUACAAGAAGACCACAUCAUCAGCGUUGAAAGGUGCCAUCCAGUUGGGAAUCGGUUACACAGUCGGCAACUUGAGCUCCAAGCCGGAGAGAGAUGUGUUGAUGCAAGAUUUCUACGUGGUGGAAAGCAUCUUUUUCCCCAGUGAAGGGAGCAACCUCACUCCAGCCCAUCAUUUCCCAGACUUCCGCUUUAAGACGUACGCUCCUGUGGCCUUCCGCUACUUCAGAGAACUGUUCGGCAUCAGGCCGGACGACUACCUGUACUCCCUCUGUAACGAGCCCCUGAUCGAGCUGUCCAACCCCGGAGCGAGCGGCUCCGUCUUCUACCUUACGAAGGACGACGAGUUCAUCAUCAAAACCGUGAUGCACAAGGAGGCUGAGUUCUUACAGAAGCUGCUGCCUGGAUACUACAUGAACUUGAAUCAGAACCCUCGUACGUUGCUGCCCAAGUUUUUCGGCCUCUACUGCGUCCAGUCGGGCGGGAAGAACAUCCGCGUGGUUGUCAUGAACAAUGUGCUGCCCCGCGUGGUCCGCAUGCACCUCAAAUACGACCUGAAGGGCUCCACCUACAAGAGGCGAGCGUCCAAGAAGGAGAGGGAGAAGGCCAGGCCCACGUUCAAAGACCUGGACUUCAUGCAGGACAUGCCGGACGGACUGAUGCUGGACCAGGACACGUACAACGCCAUGGUUAAAACUCUACAGAGAGACUGUCUGGUGCUGGAAAGCUUUAAGAUCAUGGACUACAGCUUGCUGCUCGGGGUCCACAACAUGGACCAGGCGGAGAGGGAGAGGCAGCUGGAGGGGUCACAGGGCGGCAGCGACGAGAAGAGGCCCGUGGCCCAGCAGAAAGCCCUCUACUCCACCGCCAUGGAGUCCAUCCAGGGCGGCGCCGCCUGUGGAGGGUCCAUCGACACAGACGACACGAUGGGUGGCAUUCCGGCAGUAAACGGAAAAGGAGAAAGGCUUCUUCUCUACAUCGGAAUCAUCGAUAUUUUACAAUCCUACAGGCUAAUAAAGAAACUGGAGCACACGUGGAAGGCUUUGGUUCAUGACGGGGACACCGUGUCGGUCCACCGACCGGGUUUCUACGCCGACAGGUUCUUCAAGUUCAUGAGCAGCACGGUGUUCAAGAAGAGCUCAUCUCUGAAGUCCUCUCCGUCUAAGAAGGGUCGCGUGUCGUUGUCGGUGCCUAAAUGCGCCGGGCCUGGUUCGGCGUGGUCCGCCAGCCAGCUCGCCUCUGAGAGGGACGAGAACAUCUACGACCUGAGAGGAGCCCGCAGCUUCCCAACGCUGGAGGACGAAGGUCGACCGGAUCUUCUUCCGUGUACGCCCCCGUCGUUCGAGGAAGCCACCACGGCGUCGAUCGCCACCACUCUUUCGUCCACAACGUCUUUGUCCAUCCCCGAAAGAUCUCCGUCUGACACGGCAGAGCAUCCGCGCUACAGGAGGCACACCCAGUCUCUCAGCCACGACGGAAGGACCCAGGAGGAGCUGCGUGUGCGCGAGGAGGACCAGCAGACCAUCACAGUGGAGGUGGAGCUGAAGAGACACGACAGCGAGCCGACCAUCUCCGUCCCGCAGCACUCACCUGAAGCCAGUGAGCCUCAAGCCGCAGCCGUCGCAGAAGAGGCCACGGCGCCCUCUUCUGCAGUGGCGUCAGCAGUAGCGUCCUCCUCUGCCCCGGCCGCCGCUCCGGCUCCACCAGAGCCGGCCGAGGAAGCCCCGCCCAGGCCCGAGGUGGUGGUGGUGGAGCCUGACGGGGCCAGCCUGAUGUCCGGAUCGGGCUGCACCAGCCAGGCUUCGGUCGACGAUGACGACGACGUGCCAGUCUCAGAUAUCUACUUUCCUCCAGAGGACAGGACCUGGGUGUACUCUCCGCUACACUAUGGCUCAGAGUGUAAGACCCUGCCAGAUGGGGAUUGGGAAAGAGAGACAUAAACCCUGUUUUUGUGGUGGAGAGAGAGACGGAGAGAGAGAGAAAGAGGGGAGUGAACGUCUCAGAAGAGAAGACUCAUCAGUCUGAAGUCCAGACGGCAAUAGCAGAAGCACGAUCUCUGCGUGCAGCAGGAUUGUAAGCAUAUCCGGAGGGAAAAGUGACUUGAACACCUGAGGAGCGAGAAAAAAAAGAACAAAAAACACCUGACAGUGAUGACUUCACUGAUGUCCAACCAUCCCUGCCUUUCACCCUCGACAGAUGAAAUUUAUUAUAUCGAUUUAAGGAUUUAUCUCUGUAUAUGUGUGACAUAGUCUGUGAAAGGCUGUAGUAGUAUAUGUUUGACAUACAUGCAACACCUCUUCUGAAUCGGCCCCUCUUAACAGACUUUAAACAGAUUUUCUCACUGAAUCUACAGAGGCUGGGAGGUUUUGGAAACAUUUGAAACCUACUUUGUUUACAUAUCCGUACUUCUAUGUCCUGAUGCAUUUAGGCAUCCACAGGUAUACAAUACAGCUAAUUAGUUAGGCACAGGUUUUGUAAAGACAAGUGUGAAGAAGGCAGGUUACAAAUUUCAGGGGUUCACCUUUAAGAAGUGCUCUCUUCAAACACCAGUUUUACAGUUGAGUCAACAUUGUUGGGUCUUAACAGAUUUAAUGCGCUCUUUCCAGCAAUGUCGCCAUUUUUUUUUUAUGUCCGAGGGUGAGGGUCAUUUCACCGUUUUGCAUGUUAAUUUGCACCUGCCGGAGGAUGCUUCGAACCGAUGAUUAAAGGUCAUUUUCUGGACGGCUCAGCAACCUCUGCACUCUAAAGAGCCAGUUUUGCUCCCUGAUUAAUUUUGCUUAUUAGGGUGACAAAACCUAACUCGUCCUCUAAUAGAUGGCUCAUCGAGUUUUGCACCUGCAAUAUUAAAUUUUUAGGUUGCAAGACACCCUUCUAAAAAGAGAAAAAUGAUCAGUUUUCCUGAACGUAACAUUUGACAAUAAUGGAAAUAGAGAAAGAAGAAAAAUAGUUUGAGACCAAACGACAAAAAAAAUAGAACUAAUAAAUAAAAUGAAAUCUUUCUGUUACCUUUAUAUUUAAAAACUUUCAAUUACCGCAACACCAAAGUUACUAAGAGCCACUUUGGAGAACAUAGAGAGCCAUAAAUUGGACGAGCCCCGGUAUGCCUUGAGGAAAACUGCGUGACUCCGAUAGUGAAAUAUCUACCAAAAGGAGGAGGUCACUUAAAAUUAUUUUUGAUUAGAUCAGGGAGUCAUAAUCUGUGAUUUAUUAGAAGAGUGAACUGGGCCAAACAAACAUCAGAACCACAGUCAAUCUAACUAGAGCUCAUACUAUGGAAAACCAACCAACCAACCUUGCCAAUGCAGGUUCCUACAAAGGCAAGAGAUGGGAAUUAAACCAUAGUUUCUGUCAAAGAUUAGACCUGUCCUUAUAUAACCUCAAGAGGCUGCAGAAGUCCAUUUCACUGCAUUUUUCCCCGCAUUUUGUCUUAACCAAAAAUUUUACUUAGAUAGUAUUUGAUAUAUGUCUGUUGCAUAUUGUGUAGUGGAAGGUAAAUUGAUACAUGAUUUAGAAAAUAUCGUUCAAAUAACAGUCUGGAAAUCGUGGCGUGCAUAUGAGUCUAGCUCCGUGUAAUCAGUCGUUCAACUAACAUGUUAACAAAGCCCAUCUGUGUGUAAUUUAACCUUUAAUCUCAGUGUACAUACUUUUGCAAGGUACUGCCAAAAAAAGUCCUCAUUAGAUCAAACAAAGAAAACAACCAUCUCCAAAUGGUGAACUGCAUAAGUGCAUCGUCACACGAUGGAAGGUUUCCAAGCGAAGCGGUUCUUAAGUCGACCGCAGCCUCGUGUCCAUCCAAGUGCACCAGCUGAGAGCCUCUUUAACUCCACAUGUUGCGGCGGGGUUAAAAUGAUGUAAACUCGAAACAGAUUUGAGAGAAUUCAGUGAGAAAACCUGUAGGGCUCCGCAUCGAAGCCAUCAGCAGCACAUUUCUGUCAUCCGCACAUUCCCAGAAGAGAAAAAUAUGCAGCGUAGUUUAAUAAGAGAAGGAGCAAAACGGGAGGUUUAGCUAAAAAUCUUGGUGAAUUUACACAAUAGAUGUAAUUUAUACUUAAUUUAUAAUAGUUUCUCCGUAUCUUUCUUUAAGUGUUUUCCACUUUUCCCGUAGUGGGGGGGGCGGUUUCCAUUACAAAAAGCUUUCUUAAAUGCACCCAAAGAGCUUUUAUUUUUGCCAUUUAAUUGCAGUGUUAGUACAUUUUUCAGUACGCUGAAGCAAACGGGAAUUUUUCUUCCACACAGCUGACGUCAAUCGCCACAUGGAAACUACAGACAUUGUCAUAAGAGGAUUUUUUUAUGAACUCCAUUGGAGUGUCUUCCAGUUGGAGCCCCACCUUUUGGACAAAUGCACAACAAAAAAAAAAGAUUCAGAGUUCGAACGGCGGAUGACGGGGGUAAAUAUCAGUGACAUUGUUCCUCUUAGCAAUCCCCUCCUCGCAUCAGAAACCCACCAAGUGAACGGUUUAGACGUUUUGUAGUUGUAGACUAUCAGUUGUAGUAUUUGCAGUCAAUAUUGUAGCUGUUAUCUGUAUAUUUGGAUGAAUGCACUACAUUGCCGUGUUGACGCAGUUUGUGAAUGAGCUAAACUUUGUUUGCACUUAAUACGGGGACCUGAAUGAUGAACCAGUGAUAGAGGCCAAAUAAAACAUGCACACAUUACGCAGAAGUCAUCCAGGUGAAUCUCAGUAAAUCAGAACGUCGUCAAAGAUUUUGUUUUUGUACAUUUUGAAAUGUACUGCAAACAUGUAUUUUUCUGUUUAAAUUUGAAGGUUGUGGUUCGCAGAUAUGAGAGAAAAACAAAAAACAAAAUCCAGUUUCUGUAAAUUCUACAGAAAGGGACACAAGAUCCUAUAAUGCAGAUGACCUGAAGGCCUUUAUGAAAUGCAUCUAUCACACAUCCGCAGAGCCAGGGGUUGAUCGUUUCCAUGCCACGCCGCACUGAUGCAGUAACUUUUGCAAAGAAAACCUUUGCAUUUCAUUCCUACAUGCUGUUCGGUUGGGCAUCAAAUGCUUUAUUUUUCUUUUAGUCAUACAUAACUUCCUUACUGAACUUUGAGUUUUCAUUAGCUGUAGCCCAUAAUCAUCAAAAUUACCACAAAUAAACACAUGAGAUACAUCAUUGUGCGUGUAAUGAACCCAUUUACUACACGAAAGUCACAGCUUGAAUAAAUGAACCAUAAUGUUCCGAUUUACUGAGAUGCACUUGUAGUUGUUUUUUUUUUUUCUUUCUCUCACACAGAUGCUGACAUUUAUUUUACCACUGUGUGUGUGUGUGUGUGUGUUUAUCAUUUUAAAUGUUAGUGUCUGCUGUAGGGUCUGUGCUUCACAUCUUUGGGUUUCAACUAAAAACAUUUGUGCAAACUCAAGAGCGACUUCCUUCCUUCAGUCAGUUUCUACAUGCACUCGUGAGCGUAAAGGAGGACCCAUCAACGUCUGCCAUGCAAAAUAGAAAUCAGUUUGUUCUCAUGAUGUGCAGUGGCCAGUUAUCAGUUUGCUGUUCAUCAGAUGAAGACCAUAGCAGCAUUUUUAUUUUUGUACAGUCUGUUGUUUGUUUUUUCGCCUUAUUGGAAAGUUUUACACGUGGGUCUAUUGUUUAUAUAUAUCUUUUUUUUCCCCACCUGUAUUCAUGUAUUUAUUUUCUUUUCCUUCCUCAUUGCUGUUUUCUUGAGAAUAUGUACAUAAAUCUAUAAAUACAUAUAUAAAGAUAUACAAAUAUAUUUUCCAUUGGAAUCGGAGAAUCUUAUUUUUAUUUGGUUUUAUUUUUGCUGAUGGUUAAGAAGCGAUUGCAUGGCUGCAAUCUGCAUAAUUUAAACCACAUUCUUCAGUGUGUCUGUUCAGCUGCAGCUGCUGUACAUCUAUGGCGUGUAAACCCCACAGCUGUUCCUUUGUAUGAUUUCUGAAACUGAAAGACUUGUGGGUUUUUAUCUUACAUGCAAAUCGAUUAGGGAUUCUUCCAACUGUUCAGCCGUGUUGUGUUCUCAAAUCGCCGUGUGCCCUCGUCCAAUAGGGAGAGUCCGUUGCAGAAGACAUAGCAUGAUUUCACAAAUAAAUAUGCAUAUCAGAAACGUGUAUUUUAUGUAUAUCUGUGUACAUUCAUCUAUUUAUAUAUGGGAGUAAAUAGAUGGCUGUGUGUGUGUGUGUGUGUGUUUGGAUUCAAUCAGAAUGAAUAUGAAAUAAAGCAGUUCUAUGAAUUGUC